AUACAAACUAGACUUGUAAAGAAUUGGGUCUAAUUUACUCUUUUAUUGAUUUAUUUACAGUGUAAAACUGUCACUUAAAACCAGAUCAGAAACUUCUACUAUGUAGCAAUUAAUGUGUAUUUUGCUGUAUUCAAUUUUAUAGCUCAGUAGUCGCAUAAAUACAUGUAGGGAAAGCACACACGUAUACUGUUAUUGGUUCGAGUGAUGGAGCAAUCAGGCAAAAAAGUGUUCAUACUUUUAAUUGUAUGUUCAUGUUCACUGAUAUUUCUCAGUAUACUGUUAUCAAACUAUUGGAAUGUAGGCUUAGUUCAAUACAAAUAUUGGAUAGAAAAAAAUAUGGAGCUUUUGAGAAACAAAACUGAAUAUUUAUCUAACAAACAAACUCAAGUUGGAAACAUCGUACUUAAAAACAGCAAUGACAAACUUGGUAAUUCUCAAGUUGGUGCAGAGAGAAAGGAUACAACAGAAAAUUCUAAAAAUAAUCAUUAUUUUCCAGUAAACAUCAACAUAUCUUUAGCACGUGAUGAAGUGAAGCAUAUUCAGGAAAAUUCUGAGGCUAAAUAUAUUGUUUAUCUAUGUCCCGGGAUGUGUGGUGGCUGGGGUGACAGAAUGACAGGUAUAACAAGCACAUUUAUGUGGUCCUUAGUGACAAAGAGGAAGUUUGUAAUCCAGCAUCAUCACCCAUGCGCUCUGACCAAAGUUUACGUAUCGAAUCAUGUCAACUGGUCAAUUAAUUUGCCGAAGGGACUGACUCAAACUCAGCGUUACCUAAUCGACAAUGAACAGUUUAGUCCGAAAGAGAUAGGAACACCAAACACACAUAUCGAGAAACGAUACUCUAAUGAUGUGAUUAUAUUUAGAAAUAACAUAGAUUGGAUAAAAGCAUUUAAAAAUGCACUCUAUAAGGACAGACUGAUUGAAUUAGGAUUUAAUCCCUCAAAUCUGAGCAUGGAUUACAUAUUUCCAAAACUACACAAUUUACUAUUUAAACCUCAACAAGAACUCCAAAAGAAGCUGGAAGACUUUCUCCAUAGUACAAAAAACAAGUCUCUUGUAUGUGCGCAAAUUCGCAUUGGAAAGAACCCGACAAUUCCAAAUGACCCCACCCGAAACAAACCAGAGUUUCUUCCAAUAAUCUGGGACUUUUUAGCGCAGUACAACAACUCUAUCAAAUACAAAAUAUUUGUAACCACGGAUUCAGAGAAUAUACGCCAAAGUGCCAAACGAUUAUUCCCAACUACUAUUGCAGACACAGAGGGGGUGAUUACCCACACCGAUAGGUCCAAUCAAAAUCAAGCAUGUCAAGGCAUGCAGAAGGUCGCAUUAGAUUUCAAUAUUCUAAGCCACUGCGAUGUUUUAAUAAUAAGCCGGAGUAAUUUUGGUGAAUAUGCAGCUCGUCUACGUAACAGCGCUAAAGAACUAUAUGGCUUCACUAAUGGUAAUAUUGUUAAAGGAUUCCCUCGUGGGGAAAAAAAUGAAUAUUUCAACAGGACAACUAAACAGUUCAGUAAAAAACAGUAAACUGACUAUUAUGUAUAUGAUUGUUAAACACUGAUACAGUUAAACUAUUGUCCAUAAUGUUUUUUGAUUUAAUAACAUCAUUGAAAAUAAGAUGCUAAUAUUCCUGGAUAGGUAUUUAGAAUUUGAGUAUCUAUAAUUUUCAGUACUCUGUACAGUCUCCACUGAUGAUUGGUGUUUGGUAUUCAGCAGUUGGUGUUCGGCAUUUGUUACAAAUGGCUGUUGGUGACAAUUUGCAGGAAUGCCAUUUCUUUGUAAACUUUACAUAAUACAUCCUCAUAUUAUUCACAAUUUAAUUAUUAUAUUAUGACCUGAUAUUUUGUUAUUCCAAGUCAGAGUGACACGGAUGAUCUUCCUGUAGUGGUGGGACUCGUGUGAAUUAUCCUACUCGAGUAGAGGCUCUUGAACACUCGAUUUAUUCGCGAUUAAAUGAAUGAUUUUGGAAAAAAGUUCCAAAAAAAUUUCUUUGGAAAGUUACAAACUUUCACUUCCGGUAGCAAUGUUUUCAAGUGUUCUCGGCUCAACCUACCUUGAAUAACUCCAACAUACUCAUCAAAUUAUUCAAAUAGAAUAACUCAAUGCACUUUACAUGUUUUUGUUUUGCAUUGAAAAGUAAAAAAUUAGCAAUUUACGCUACUGUACUCCUGGUAAAAUUCGACGCUUCAGCUUGAGCCCUGCAACGGAAUCUUCAUAAGGACAGUUUUAUGGUAUUCAUGAGUAUUCAGAAUUUUUUUCAUCUAAAUGGUACAAUUUAUUGAAUAAAUAAGAUCUUGAGCAUUUGAACCACGAUACAAGAUUUUUCCGACGAAAAUCUCAUGAGAAUUUCUGAAAAAUUGGCAAAGACAUGAAUUGGUAAAUUGAAUUUUUGCAAUUCGCCAAAUUAAAUUGAUCACCAAAUUGAGUUGACUAACAGUAGCAACGUUGCUCUGCUAUAACAUCAGUAACUCAUCGUCUACAAUAAUUAAAUGCAUAUUCAGCAAAUUGGUUUGCCCAAAACAUGGAGCCUUUCUGUAGAGAACACCUGUCUACAAGAAACAAUCUUGGCCAGUCCGGACAGCAUUCUUUGUAAGCAGGUUCUACUUGUAUACAAAUUGUUACACCUGUGCCUUCAAUUCAACUGAUUUAUCAACAAAGUAAAUUCCUGGGAAAAUGCUCUGUCAUUGAUUUUUUAUUCGUGUAAUUAGUACCUGUUUUAAAGUAAGGCCAAUGCCUUGGUCACAUUUGCUCCGAUUUUCACUAUGGCGCCUGGCCGAUUGAGUAAUUGUUCAAAAUUGAAUACAAUAUUGAAAAAACACUCAAUCGGCCAGGCGCUGGCCGAUGGAUCAGAGCAAAUGUGACCCAGGCAUAAGCUGCUUUAGACAAAAAAAUGCCUAUAGUUUCUCUGCUAAUCAGACUGUUAGAAACAAUGCAGAUUGAAGACUUUUUAGUGCAAAGAAUAUAAGUUCAGACAUUUCUUAAAUUGCAUGGGAGAAUUUUAUAUCGUUAUCAAGCAAAACAGGCUGGCAUUUUAGGUUAAAACUUUAUUUUUUGCAAUUUUAUGAAAAAAUCGUUCAGGCAGACCAAUGUUUUCAACUGGAUGCAAAGCUUCACCAAGGUACCAACAGGGCAGUCUGAAGUGUUCAACUGGGUGCGGUGCCUGGUCAAAUGUGGAUGGGAAUAUCACUGAAUAUUGUUCUGGGAGGAAUAUAUUUCAUAUUACCUCCUUUGGUUGUUCAUGAUUUACAGGGGUUUGCCUACAAAUGUUAAUCUCUGCUUUUUUACUCUACUUACCUAUUAAACUUUUGAUGUUCUUGAGUAGGGCAUCUGCACUAAGACAGUUGCUGAAGUCUUGGUUGAGUUCAGUGACGAGCUUAGCGUAUCCUUCACUCUCCUCUCUGAGAAGAUUGAACUUCAACUGCUUGUAACUGAAAAGCAUACAGAUACAAUUCUUAUUCACUCUCCUCUCUAAGAAGAUUGAACUUUAACUGCUUGUAACUGAAAAGCAUACAAAUACAAUUCUUAUUCACUCUCCUCUCUGAGAAGAUUGAACUUUAACUGCUUGUAACUGAAAAGCAUACAGAUACAAUUCUUAUUCACUCUCCUCUCUGAGAAGAUUGAACUUCAACUGCUUGUAGCUGAAAAGCAUACAUAUACAAUUCUUAAUCACUCUCCUCUCUGAGAAGAUUGAACUUCAACUGCUUGUAACUGAAAAGCAUAAACACCCCAUGCAGACAGA